AUGGCUGAAAGCUCAGUUGCGGCCGAAACGGCCGCUCGUGCUUGUGCUGCAUGCCACAAGAACAAGCGUCGCUGCGAUAAGAGUAUCCCGACCUGUUCUUUAUGCAAAAGGUUUCGCCGUCCUUGCGAUUAUUCGGGGCUAACAAAUGGUACCGAUGACUCGGCGAGUCUGCGCUCCAGAAUCUCUGAACUGGAGCAGCAGGUUGCUCGGCUAUCAAACCAGACGCCAUCGACAUUGUCAAAUUUCGACGAUAUAACGGCUGCGCCAAUGCUUCACGAUGCUUCAUCGCGGCUUUAUGUCAAAUCCCUUUUCCUGGACUCAGGGCUCUCGGAAUAUUGCAUCAAAUCUAAUCCUGUGGUUAAUGUUUCCAUUCCCCAAGAAGUAAUUACUGCCAUUGGUGAUCAAUUAGCCGUCGAUCAUAUAAAAACUCAGUACUUUCGAUUGAUGAAUACUUGGAUGCCUAUCUUGAACGAAGCCAAGUUAGACAGACUGAUCAAUCCUCGGAGCCAGAAUGGGCUAAGGCCAGAUACUGCGCUGCUAUUACUGUCCAUGAAGCUGAUUCUCGAAGUGCCAACAAACAACGAUGCAGAACGCUCACCCCUUUACGUGAUUUCAAAAAAGUUCUGCUAUACACUGGACGGAUUGUACACUUUGACGAAACUGCAGGCCACUUUGAUCAUUGCGGUGUAUGAAUUGGGCCAUGCUAUAUUUCCGGCGGCUUAUACGUCUAUCGGAACAUGUGCCAGUCAUGGCAUUACCCUCGGCUUGCAUAAUAAGCUGGCUCCGCAAAUGCUACAGACACCACGGAGCUGGGUGGAUUGGGAGGAAAGACAAAGAGCAUGGUGGUACGUGGUAAUACUCGACAGAUAUGUUGCAGCUGGGAGCGACCAGCGGUCAUUAUUCACGGAAGACCCAACUAUUGACACGCCCAUUCCCGUAGAUGAUGAGGCUUGGAAAAAUGGGGAAAUCGUGCCCCCAGAAAGAUUAUCUUUAGCAUCUGCUACCAGCAUGCAGGUCAGCCCAUUUGCACGCGUGGCUCAAGCGUCACAUUUAUUAGGACGAGUGAUCAAGCACUGCAAUGAUCAAACUAGAGCUUUCUAUCUCGCACAGUCUCUUUGUUUGAGUGCUCAGAUGAAGCUCAGCGAUCAUCACAGUUGUGACUCGUUCAGCGAAAACAUGCCAAUUGAUAUAGAAACAGCGGCGCUUCUUCGUGAAUGCAUGGAUCGUUCCAUUGCCAAGAUGAAGGAGAACUGCUCUCGAGUCGUGUCCUUUGCCCAGGUGCUGAUGAAACUGGCGCAAGACUCUCACUUGGUGUGUCUCUCCCCUCUAGUGUUACAUUGUCUGUAUCGUACAUCCGUUGCUCUUUCGUGGAUGGCCAUGGAAACGAGCAAUGAGCAAUAUCUCAUUGGAAAGACGAUAUGUGUAAACGCUCUUCAGAUGAUGAAUACCAGAUGGAAAGCUGCAGGAGCCUACCUCGAGCUUUUAAAUGUAGCAGAGCGGGAAAUGGGACAAGAGACUUUCUAAAAGAGCAAAGUAAUGCAGUUCAGUCAACUCCAUAGUCUCCGUAAGAACGGGGUAUCAUAGGUCGUAUGAUACUGAUCCCCUAUUCCUCAGCAACUCCGACACAUAUAAUCCACCCUCUUCCUUACGCCGUUCUUAAGCCACGCGGCAUCAUUUCCGACACCAGGGCCCUUGGCGGGUCCCGUAUAUCUGAUAUCAUGUUGGCAGUACAAAGUGGCCAAGGCUAAUGUUAAUGGGGCUAUGACUAUCGGCCGUUUGAAGCGUUUGGCUUUUGUUACAUCGGAAUAAAGAAGGGCAAAGGCGGAAUAGGGACAUGUACAUCGGGUCAUGUAAAAACUUAACUGGGUUAGCUGCAGCGGCCGCAGCUGUUGUAGUAGGCCUCAGUUGAC